GCCUCUCUGACGGUGGGAGGUCAAAAGUAGAAGGAAAAACGGAGCGGGCAGGAUGCUGUGCAGCCAGUAGCGACACAAGUGGGGCAUCCAAGAAGGACGAGAAGCGGCUCGACUUCUUACAGUUUUCUCGCCGUUUGGAUUGAGAAUAAGGUAAGAAAACUGCAGUGAAGGAGCUGAGGAGGCAGCUUGGACUAAUGGUGGCAGGCAGCAGGCUACGUUUACGUGAUGCUCUGGUUUGAUAACAAAGCAUUUUUCUACAGUAUUUUUUGCAACAUAUAUGCAUGCAUAUAUUUAUCGAACAUGUGCAGAUGAAGGGUGGAUACAUGAUGGAUGUAUGUUUCUGUUCAUCCACAGCAUGUCCACAGGAGAGAGGACCCCAUCUACAACCUCCGUCGACUCCGCCUCAACGGAGGGAAAUGGUACCUCUGCUGAGGUCUCGCCCUCAGGUUCAGUCUCUGAAGCGCCCAAGAAAUCAUCCAAGAAGUCCAGCAAAAAGAACACAGAGAAUAAGACCAAAGUCUACAACUCUGUGCUCAACAGUGUUUUUGGGGCGGAAAGAGAACUGGCUCAGGCUGAACUAGAUGAGCUCCACGAGGCCUUUAAGGAGUUUGACUAUGACCAAGACGGCUACCUGAACUACAAGGAUGUGGCUGAAUGCAUGAGGACCAUGGGAUACAUGCCCACUGAAAUGGAGCUGCUGGAGAUAGUCCAGCAGAUCAAGAUGAGAAUGGGCGGGCUCAUGGACUUUGAGGACUUUACUGAACUGAUGGGACCCAGGAUGAUGGGAGAGACCGCUCACAUGCUGGGACUCAAGGAGCUCCAGUCGGCCUUCGUACAGUUUGACCUCGAUGGAGACGGAAAGAUCAACCAAGACGAGAUGAAGGAGGCAAUUAAGAGCCUGCUGGGGGAGAAGCUGAAGAAAGGAGAACUGGAGGAGAUCUUAAAGGAGCUGGAUAUUAAUGCAGACGGCAGCAUUGACUUUGAAGAGUUUGUGAUGAUGCUCUCCAUUCGCUAAUCGUUGGAAACACCAGCACCAUGGACUCUGAAUCAUCACGAAAUACAGCUAUGACGGAAUAUUCUACAUUUUUCAACUUGUGUUUGUAAUGUAGACAUAGACUUCUAUCAUAUAAUGUGUGCCUAACUGUGCAACAAUUGUUUAAAUGAUGGAUUGUUAAGAGAGGGGAAGUGACGCUGUACAACUCCCGUAUGGCAUCAAAUGCAGUGCAUGGUGAGUCUUACUAUAGUAGAUACAGGAACCUUUUGCUGUAAAAUGUAAAUACGACUGAAAUAUUUUGCUAUUUUAAUAAAGAAAUGAAAACAGUUGUGCCUGUCGCUGAUACAUAUCGACAGCAUCCGUGGUAGGAAAUGACUGAAUGGGCUGAACACGUU